AUGGACAGUAAUACUGCUUUGCAACAGGUGCUGAAGACCGCCCUCAUCCACAAUGGCUUAGCAUGUGGAAUUCAUGAAGCUGCCAAAGCUUUAGACAAGAGCCAAGCCCACCUAUGUGUGCUCGCAUCCAACUGUGAUGAGCCUAUGUAUGUCAAGUUGGUGGAGGCCCUUUGUGCUGAGCAUCAAAUCAACCUUAUCAAGGUUGAUAAGAAGAAACUAGGGGAAUGGGUAGGCCUCUGUAAAACUGACAGAGAGGGAAAACCCCGUAAAGUGGCUGGUUGCAGUUGUGUGGUGGUUAAGGACUAUGGCAAAGAAUCUCAGGCCAAGGAUGUCAUCGAGGAGUACUUCAAAUGCAAGAAAUGA